GUCCACGAGGCCCAUAACACGCUCGCUCUCCCUCUCUCUCUCCACCACCGCCGGCGCUCGCGAUGGCCACGGGGCUCGCCGCGGCGGCGGCCCGCCGCCGCCUCCUCCACCUUCCUCGCCACCGCUGGGCCCACCUCUCCUCCUCCGCUGCUCCCGCGGGAGGGCUGGACGGCGGGGACGGGAGCGGUGGCGGCGGCCGCGUCAAGAUCUUCGACCGCGACCUGAAGCGGCGGCACCGGGACCGGGCGGCGUGGGCCAUGGGGGAGACCGACGCGCUCGCCGACGCCGUCGCCGACAACCUCCUCGACCGCCUCGAGGACUGCAGGAAGGCGUUCCCCUCCGCGCUCUGCCUCGGCGGCUCCGCCGGCGCCGUCCGCCGCUCGCUCCGCGGCCGCGGUGGAAUUGAGAAGCUGAUCAUGAUGGACAUGUCGGCCGACAUGGUGAGAAAGUGGCGAGAGAUGGAUAAUGCUACCGAUGACGUCCUCGAGACGCAGUUUGUCGUCGGAGAUGAAGAAUACCUUCCAAUCAAAGAAAGCUCGCAGGAUACGAUAAUAAGUUGUCUUGGGCUUCAUUGGACAAAUGAUCUACCUGGAGCAAUGAUACAGUGUAGGUUGUCGUUGAAGCCUGAUGGCCUUUUUCUUGCAGCAAUUCUCGGUGGAGAGACUCUUAAGGAACUAAGAAUAGCUUGUACAAUUGCUCAAAUGGAGCGUGAGGGUGGCAUCAGUCCCCGAAUGUCACCUUUAGCACAAGUCCGUGAUGCAGGAAACCUUUUGACAAGAGCAGGCUUCACCCUUCCAGGAGUUGACGUUGACCGUUACACUGUGAAAUACAAUAGUGCUUUGGAACUUGUUGAACAUCUUAGAGCGAUGGGGGAAACAAAUGCUCUCUUUCAAAGAAAUCCUAUAUUAAAGAAAGAUACAGCUUUGGCAACUGCGGCCAUUUACCAGUCAAUGUUUGGGCUAGAAGAUGGAACUGUUCCAGCAACCUUUCAGGUUAUUUAUAUGACUGGCUGGAAGGAGCAUCCAUCACAGCAAAAAGCUAAGAGAAGGGGUUCUGCUACUGUAUCAUUUAGUGACUUACAAAAACAAUUUGGUUCCAAUCAGAACUAAACUUUAUCAAAUGGAAAGAUGAUGCUAGAAAACUCCUGAAGGAUGAAUAAAUCCUCCUAAGAAAAAUUUCUGAGGCGAACCUUAAUUUGCUUAUGAAGAACUGCACAUGGUGUCAGACCUUCAAGAAGUGUUCUCAGUUUAGUUGUUGCUGCUAUCGUCCAAAGGACAAAAUUGAAGAUUUGCCAGAACCACUGAAACUUCAUCUUUAGUCUAACCUUCUGCCAGUGUGUCUCAAAGCACUACUUACCUGUGACGUUAUAGGGCACAACUUUCUGUUGUCAACGGCUCAAUGAUGUUGAUCAUAGCAAGUUUAGAGAAUAAAUUCUGUAAGUUUGUCGUUCAGUUUCCAGAGGUAUGCUGGUUUGAUGUAACUCUCGCAAUCAGAAUUCAUGAUCGAAUGAUAAUAUUUCUAGCACCAUUUGCCUGCUUCAUUUAUCAAAUGUCGGAUUCUUCUA